GCUCACUGGCAGGGGAAACUUUAGCGUGAAGUGCAGCCUUGGUUUGUCUCAGGGAAGGGAGCUUUCUUCUCUUUUCCCUUCUCCCUCCCCGAACACUGAAGACUGUAGCAGCACCCUCCUUUUAAUUUCUCUGUGAACUCGCGUGAAGCUCAUCAAUUUUUUCUAAGUGCAUUAAGCAGCGUUGGGAGAUGCCCUUAAACAGAGUUGUGGAAAAGAGCAGCAUAAAACAGACAGCAGAGAUGAAGCACGCCUUGCAGAUGGACUAAGACAGCCCUGGGAUCCUGGCACGCAGCUCCUUCCCUGCAUUCUCUGAGCAGUUCACAGUGUUAACAAGUCUCUCGCAGCGAUGGAUUGUCUGUGAAGUCAAAACCAGUUUGGCUCUUUCAGAAGAUCUUGCAUCAUUAAUUUAAACUAUCAAUGAUGUGGAGUAAAAAUGGCUGUCUAGAGCAAAAUGUGUAAGGCGGAAAAAUUUUGGAGAAGAAAGUAUUGAAUCAGUUGAACAAAGCUUCGAAGCAUUAAAAUCUGCAGAAAUCGUCAAGCCCUGAGAAGUCUAAUCAUGAAUUCUGGAGUUGCUAUGAAAUAUGGAAAUGACUCCCCUGCAGAGCUGAGUGAGCUUCAUUUAGCAGCCCUGGCUUCGUUAAAGGGAGACAUAGUGGAGCUUAAUAAACGUCUACAACAAACAGAAAGGGAGCGUGACCUGCUGGAAAAGAAAUUGGCAAAAGCACAGUGUGAACAGUCCCACCUAAUGAGAGAACAUGAAGACGUGCAGGAGCGAACAACACUACGCUACGAGGAACGAAUCACAGAGCUGCACAGUAUCAUUGCUGAAUUAAAUAAGAAAAUUGAUCGGCUACAGGGAACAACAAUAAGGGAGGAAGAUGAGUAUUCAGAGCUGCGGUCGGAGCUCAGCCAAAGCCAGCAUGAGGUUAACGAAGACUCACGCAGCAUGGACCAGAAUUCUGUUUCGGUACCAGAGAAUCAGUCCACCAUGGUCACUGCAGAUAUGGAUAACUGUAGCGACUUGAAUUCAGAGCUGCAAAGAGUGCUAACAGGUCUGGAAAAUGUUGUCUGCGGGAGGAAGAAAAGCAGCUGCAGUUUAUCGGUAGCAGAAGUGGAUAGGCAUAUUGAACAACUCACUACCGCAAGUGAACAUUGUGAUUUAGCCAUUAAGACUGUAGAAGAGAUUGAGGGUGUUCUGGGACGUGACCUGUAUCCAAAUCUAUCUGAAGAAAGAUCUCGAUGGGAAAAGGAGCUCGCUGGCUUGCGGGAAGAGAAUGAGAGCCUCACGGCCAUGCUGUGUAGCAAAGAGGAGGAGCUGAACAGGACCAAGGCCACCAUGAAUGCUAUUCGUGAAGAAAGGGACAGGCUGCGCCGAAGGGUUCGGGAACUGCAAACACGUUUGCAAAGCGUGCAGGCAACAGGCCCAUCCAGCCCAAGUCGUCUCACUUCUGCCAACCGACCCGUUAACCCCAGCACGGGAGAGCUGAGCACAAGCAGCAGCAGCAAUGACAUCCCCAUAGCCAAGAUUGCUGAAAGAGUGAAGUUGUCAAAGACAAGAUCAGAGUCUUCAUCAUCUGAUAGACCUGUCUUAGGAUCAGAAAUCAGCAGCAUAGGGGUGUCUAGUACUGUGGCUGAACAUUUGGCACAUUCCCUCCAAGACUGCUCAAACAUCCAGGAAAUCUUCCAGACUCUUUAUUCACAUGGAUCUGCUAUCUCUGAAAGUAAAAUCCGAGAGUUUGAAGUGGAGACAGAGAGAUUAAAUAGCCGCAUUGAGCACCUGAAAUCACAGAAUGACUUGCUGACAAUAACACUGGAAGAGUGCAAGAGCAAUGCCGAGAGGAUGAGCAUGCUUGUCGGGAAGUACGAGUCCAACGCCACAGCCCUCAGGCUUGCACUGCAGUACAGUGAACAAUGCAUAGAAGCAUAUGAGCUACUGUUGGCAUUGGCAGAAAGUGAGCAGAGUCUCAUUCUUGGGCAGUUUAGAGCUGCAGGUGUUGGUUCUGUUGGGGACCAGACAGGUGAUGAAAACAUCACCCAGAUGCUUAAGAGAGCUCAUGACUGCAGGAAGACAGCUGAGAAUGCAGCAAAAGCCUUGCUGAUGAAACUAGAUGGGAGCUGCGGGGGAGCCUAUGCAGUCACUGGCUGUAGCGUGCAGCCCUGGGAAAGCCUGUCAUCCAACAGCCACACAAGUACUACCAGCUCAACUGCAAGCAGCUGUGAUACGGAAUUUACAAAGGAGGAUGAGCAGCGCCUGAAGGAUUACAUCCAGCAGUUGAAAAAUGACAGGGCAGCAGUGAAACUGACAAUGCUGGAGCUGGAAAGCAUCCACAUUGAUCCCCUUAGUUAUGACGUUAAACCUCGUGGAGACAGCCAGAGGCUAGACCUGGAAAAUGCGGUCUUGAUGCAGGAACUUAUGGCAAUGAAGGAGGAGAUGGCAGAGCUCAAGGCGCAGCUUUACCUGCUAGAGAAGGAGAAGAAGGCAUUGGAAUUGAAACUGAGCACUCGAGAAGCUCAGGAGCAGGCCUACCUUGUCCAUAUUGAGCACUUGAAGUCUGAAGUGGAAGAGCAAAAAGAGCAGAGAAUGAGGUCUCUCAGCUCAACCAGCAGCGGAAGCAAAGACAAAUUGGGCAAGGACUGCAGUGAUGGCGCCGCAACACCAUUAACACUGGCUGAGCUGAGACCCUACAACGAGAGUGAACUGACUGCUGAGCUGACAAAUGCACUCCGGAGGGAGAAGAAACUGAAAGCUAGAGUGCAAGAGUUGGUGAGUGCUUUGGAGAGACUCACGAAGAGCAGUGAAAUCAGACAUCAGCAGUCUGCAGAAUUUGUUAAUGACCUUAAAAGGGCAAACAGCAACUUGGUAGCAGCUUAUGAAAAAGCAAAGAAAAAGCAUCAAAAUAAGCUGAAGAAACUGGAAUCGCAAAUGAUGGCCAUGGUGGAGAGACAUGAAACACAAGUAAGGAUGCUCAAACAAAGAAUAGCUUUACUAGAAGAAGAGAACUCUAGACCACACACCAAUGAAACUUCACUUUAAACGCAUCUCUUUCAGAGAUGCUUAGUGCCAUUACAAAUGUCUGUCUGUUGGAGGCUGACUUUUAGGUAGCUUCAAACGCUAAAAGCUCUGACUGUCAACACUGACACAAUUAAAGCACCUGCUCUGGGGUCCCAGGGAGGUGCCAUGGGGAUAAUAUAAGCGUUAACCUUAAGGACUGUUUCAUAAUGUAAAAUGGCAGUGCCUGAAUUACCACGCUAUAAUUAUGUAUGUUGUCUGUGUCACUAUGUCUAUAUUCAUACUGCUUCUCUUCCAUUUUAUGUACAUCUCACGGCUGACAGUAUCACAUAUAGCAAAAUAAUUCACAUUUUAAGAGGUUUUAAUUUGGGUGGUUUGGAGGUAAUCUGUGAGUUUUCCCAAUCCCUCCGCACACAGCUCUGUGUUGUACCCCCCAGAUGUGCUGCUGAGGGUGAAACAGACAAGUGGGGCAGCAGCUGCAGAGUGGGGAGGUGAUGGGCUGGCUUGCUUUUUGCAGUAGUGCCGCUCAGAGUGCAGAUCAGGUAGGAAAACUCCUGUAGAUUUGGGGAGAAAAAAAGAAAAAAAAUCCAACAGCAAAAAACCCAAGAGACUCUAGUCACGUAUCUGAAAACUAUGAUAAUGGUGUAUUUCGUACAGUUUGUAAAAGAACUAACUAAAGCCUGUGAGUUUCACCAUGCCAGAUAGAUGGUCCAUGCCAAGGCUGGGUAAGAAAUGAUAGGAGACCUCCUGGCAUUUGUAUUGCAUGGUGUUUGCAGUUAUUUUGUGAAACCGUUGGGUUGGGUUUCUUUGUUUAAUACAUUAAUAGCCAUGGUUUUAUUUAAGAAGCUGGGCCAUUUCUGUCACGUGUAUAGUGCUUACUGCAGCUUUCUGUGAUCAAGAGGUAGAAUGUCUUCUUUUUAUACUUGUUUUGACCAAAAAAGGUACUUAUUAGGAAUGUACCUGUUUAAUAUUUAAUAGGCACAAAACUAUAAAUGUGUAGGUUUAUGGAUAUACAGCCACAAACAGAAUGUGAAUGGUGAAGCCUUCAUACAGCUUGUUAGGUUAGUUUUUUGUUACUGCUAACAUUCUGUUCUGUUUCAGUCGCAUCAUGUUACUGUAUUAUCAAAGUGACUGAACUGAAAAUGUUGGCCUAUUAUGAUAAUGAACAUUUUGCUUAAUAAGCAAAGCAUGGGGAUCCGGUUGAUUUCUCUGGGGAGCAUACAGGAGUCUGCCGUAACACCUGUUUCAUUCAGAAUUUCCUUCUUUUUCACCAAGUACAAGAAAUGGCUUCCAUGUUUGUUUCAACCUGCCAGAGUCCAUUAACUUCAUUAGCCUGUUAACGGUGUUACACCUGUACUUUGCAUUUUUCAGGCGCUGUUUGCAAGUGAAUCUGAUUUCAGUUGUCUGUCCUUUUUUGCUUUACACAGCAAGUUGCACCUAAACUUUUAUUAGUGUAUUUAGAAUUAUGGUAACUUCUCUCAUUUAUUCCUCCAAUUUUUAGGAAGUAUUAAGGAAGUAUUUUUAGAGGACUUGAACUGUUUUGUCUACUCCUGGGUUAGGCAUGGCAGCCAAAAUAGCUGUGGGAAUUUCUGUUCAGAAUACGGCAUUAUUGUUAAAAGUCUUGGUUACACAUGAAACUGUAGCAGUUGGUGUUCAUUACUGUAGCUGCUGUUUUCUUCUUUUCUUAGGGUAGUGAUUCCUACUUCUCUAGAGUCUGAUAUAGCAGCUACAAAAGCCAACAUCAUAUAUGAUUGAUUGCAAUAGCAGAACUAAUCCUGAUUUCAAAAUUAAGUUUUAGGUAGUGAUGCCCUGGGAUUGGCUUUGAUCAGUCCUCUUUCUCAAGAUAAUUGCACUUCUGAAUUUAUAAUGCAAACAGAAAUUUCUGCAAACCAAGUCUGUUGAGGGACCAAGCACGUUGAUUUCUUACUCUCUUUAUGACUUUGCUAAGUAUCUAAGGUGUUUCCCUUUCUUGGCCAAUGAGUUCCUCACCAACAGGAAUGUGGAGUUUUGCCAUAAACUGGUAGCCAAUUACACUUCUUUCUGAAGAAACACCAGAUUAUCCACUGUGUACUGUGGCAAAAACGCAGUUAAAAUUCUGUCAUCUUGCAUCUGGGAAACCCAUGUAACUUGAGUCAUCACAAACUCUCUGUGUGAAAUACCCUUAACUUACAGUGAUUGGAAACCACUGCCACAAUGGAUUUCCUGAGGCUCAAUUUUUUCUAUUUCAUGGUAGCUAGAGAAGCUGUAAACAAAAUACAAUGAAGCCUAAAGCAUUUGAAUUUAAAACUGUCUUUAAAGGAAAGAUACAAAUUAAGAAAGCAUGAAGUGCACCUGGGUUGAAAGGCAUGAAAACUGCAGUGUUCCUGUAGGAAACUGAAUAUUGUUUUACUAUAUUUACUGCGUUAUCUUCCCUGCCAACUAUGCUCUAAAAGUGUUUUAUGAUAAAUUAUAAAUCAUCAGUAAAUGUAAGCCACUUCUUCCCCUUUCUUUUUCUUGAGACUGGUAUUGUGCAGCCUCAGCAGUUUGCCAGGCCACCAGUUAUUUUGCCUAAACAAGCAGCUAUUGCUUCAUUUGUUGGCAUACUGGAAAAGGCCAAUAGAGAAGUGGCAAAAGGUUUACUCUUAUUGUGAAAACUGUUUUAAUAUUAACAAUUAGCUGCAGUUCCAAUGUGCCUGUUAAAAUGGCACCGACCCUCAGAAUAAAUGGCAAAAAAAUUAAUUCAAUUUAUGCAACAGUUUGAAAUACCAGCACACCAGCCGAUAGACCAGCGUGCAAAUCACCUUGAGUCACAGCAGCCUAACGCUCUUAACACUUGUUGCAGAAAUGAUACAUUUGCAAAGCAAGAAAAAUAGGUGGUUCUUGCCAACAGAGCCUAAGUUGAUCUAAGUUAAUUACUGAUUAAUUAAUCUUGGGGUGGUGUUUUUUUUUAAGUCACCAGAGUGCAUGAAACUUUGUACUUUACAGUGUGUUCAGAAAAAAGUACUCUUUUUUUCUAAUUAAAUGUAUAAAUCUUCACCAGCUUGAAUGUACUGUUAGCUAUUGCAAAGCACAUGUGACUAAGUUUGCAUUAAUGUCAGUAUUGUUCUACUAGUUUUAUUAGGAUUUUCUUAUCUUUUAAUACUGUACCAUACAUCGUAAUUUUAGAACCUUUUCACCUUACUGAAUUAGCUUUAAAUGUGUUGCUGCUUUUUAGUUUCCUAGCUGCUGUAAAAUAGCUAUUUUGUGUUUAUUUGAUAUAGAAUUGUAAAAACUGCAUUUAUUUAUACAGAGACAUUUAUAAUACUUAUUUUACAAAUGUUCUUAUAUUCUGAAUAAAUUUCUAAUGCUGUU